CCGUGCCCAUCAUAAGGAUUCCUGCGAAAAAUGCGUAAAAUACAAGCGCUUUUAUUCACUCAGUCGCUCCUCUCGCUCUCUCUUUUAAUGAAAACACACCCAGACACACUGACAAUGGACACAUCUGUAAGCACAGAACGUGUAGGAAAAAAUCGACGGCAAUUGUUGACUCUGUGCGUAAUUGCGCACAGAGGGUGGAAGUGGCAACACCUGGAGACGCAUUCUGAAUUAAAUAACCUAGGGGCCAGCUGCGGAUGAAUCGACCCGGACGAGGUGUAGCCUCCGCCCGAGAGCCAGAACGAUGUCGGUAGUUUCCCCCCUGACGAGGCUGCGACGCAGAGACACGUUCCUUUUGUUCGGGGCGAUCGUGCUAGUCGCAGCAGUGGCUGUAUACCAUGAGAUUAUCGUUACCAAUUCAUGGAUCCGUAACACAGGCCGGAAAGCUUACAGUGUCGGCGACAUAUGGAAGAAAGCUUUGUCUGACAACUGGGUCAGAAGGGCCCAACAAAACUAUGUGGAGGAUUCAUCUGCGUCGAGCUACAGCUAUACUCCACAACCCUGGAAACAAAAGUAUAAGGGACGGGCCAAUCUGCACGCGUUUGAGGACUGGUGCGGCAAAUCUAUAGCUGAGCUCCGCAAGAACCCGCACUACCCGCUGUAUCCUCAUUCCAGAAGUACAGUACUGAAGCUGGCCGUCAUUCCUAAGUGGACUAACUAUGGACUCAGGAUAUUUGGCUAUCUGCAUCCAUAUACUGACGGAGAGUUUGUUUUUGCUUUGAGCUCUCAGGACAACUCUGAGUUGUGGCUAAGCACAGACGACUCCCCCCUCAAUUUGCAGUUACUGGGAUGGGUUGGAAAGACUGGCACAGAGUGGACCGCCCCUGGCGAGUUUGAGAAAUAUAUUAGUCAGCUAUCCAGACCAGUGAGGCUUUCUGCAGAGAGGAAAUACUUUUUUGAACUUCUCCACAAGCAGGACCAUGAAGGGACAGACCAUGUGGAGGUGGCGUGGCAGCUCCAGGGUGAAGGCUCCAGAUUCACGGUUAUUGAAUCCCAGCACAUCUCUCUCUAUGUUGAUGAGUCUGCUAUGGUAGCGGGUGAUGUUGAACACGUACCUCAGACAGCUGCAAGCAACUACAACACGAAACAGAGCAGCUCUACAGUCGACAUGCUGAGGGAGGACCCACGAGACAUUCUUUACCAAGUGCCUUUGAUAAACAGGAAGUUCCUACAAGAUGUUUUGCCAGACUGCGAGUACAAACCCAGCUACACCAUUAAAGGCGUUCCUCUGGCCCGCUAUCAAGGACUAAAUUAUGUUAAAUUGUCCUACAUCCACCCCAAUGACCACACCCGACUCACGCACAUGGAGUCUGAGAAAAGCUGCGUCUACCCCCCCGACAUCAUGGAGAAGUUGGGUUUCUCUGGAUACAUGAAACUAGACAGUCCUGACCUGCAGGAACAAAAAACCACAGACAGAAAUCAAAGCUUCCUAUGGAAGGGAUUGGCCAUAAGUGGGAAGGAAAAGGAAAUCUCGCCAGACACACUUUUUCGAGACUAUGGAGCAGAUAAUGAGACUUUAACUGAGAAAUUCCGGCAGAUACUCCAGUCCUUACCCCUGCAGAAAGACAACACAAAGCCUCAUCCUCAGGCUAAGUCAGGGAAACCCAAAUUGACCCAAAUUGUGAGCAAGGAGCGGAGGAUUGUAAAAAGAUCACUAAAGCUCCUGCAGGUAAAGAAUGUCAACCCUGGGAUGAACUGGAGGCAGACCUUCCAGAUCAACCACCUGGACUAUCGGGCACAUAAUUCAGAUGCAAUGGAAGUGAAGUGCAAAAUUGCUGGCAGUCUGCUUAUCAACUCCAAUGAUGUUCUGCCAGUGGUCAAGGAUUUCAUGGACAAACUCAACAAAAAACAUAACUGGCGGUUCAUGUUGGUGCAAGUGGUUAACGUGGUGAAGCGUGUGGACCCAGCCAAAGGAAGCUGCUACCUCCUGGAGCUGCUGCUGAAAGACAUGAACGGCCAGAUGCUGCGUCUGUCACAAUACGUCUACGCUACGACUCCGCAACCUGAGCUGGUGCUGUGUAACCCAGUGGCCUUCAGCUGGAACCCUCUUGCCACCGUCCACAUCAUAGUUCCAGUGAAAAACCAGGCUCGGUGGGUGCACAAGCUGAUUAUUGAAAUGGAGAACGUGUUCAGAGAAUCCGGAGACACCAACUUCAACCUCAUCGUCAUUGACUACGACAGCACUGACAUGGACAUGGAGAAGGCUCUAAAGAACUCGUCACUCCACAGGUUGUACCAGUAUCUGAAGCUGAGUGGAAACUUCCAGCGCUCUGGUGGUCUGCAAGCAGGAGUCGACCUUAUAAAAGAUCAACACAGCAUAGUGUUUCUUUGUGACCUCCACCUCCAAUUCCCUACCGCCAUAAUCGACAGCAUCAGGAAACACACUGUGGAGGGACACAUGGCCUUUGCUCCCAUAAUCAUGAGACUGGACUGUGGGGCUACACCACUGGAGGCCAGAGGUUUCUGGGAGGUGGAGGGCUUUGGCCUGCUUGGAAUCUAUAAGUCUGAUCUGGAUGCAGUGGGAGGAAUGAACACCAAAGAAUAUACAGACCGCUGGGGAGGGGAAGACUGGGAGCUACUCGACAGGAUCCUUAAUUCAGGACUGGAAGUGGAUAGGGUCUACUUGAGGAACUUCUUCCACUACUUUCACUCCAAACGUGGCAUGUGGCAGAUUUCGACCAAAAAGUGACCUCACCAUCCGUCGCAGCACACUGACAUUACCACAGGCUCAACCAGAGUGCUUAAAGGACAGAUAAUGUUACUGCUACUACUACUGACUGACAGGGAUUAACACAAGAUGAUGAAAUUAGCCCUGAAUACAGUCAAGAAGAACAAUAAGAAGACUCUACUGUGACGACCCAGUGUGUCUGAAUAACAAACUGGAUCAACCUUCUCCACCCCCUCUCCAUUAAUCCUCUACCUCAGAGGUCCACUGCAGCUCCUUGGUUUUACUAAUGUUGAGCUGUAGGUGAUUUCUGCCACACAUCCUACAAAACUCCCUACCAGGUCUCUAUACUCUAUGUCCUCUGCGAUGCAGCCGACGCCGGAGGAGUCGCAGAGAACCUUUGUAGAUGGCUUGUUCCUGUGUUGUAUAAGAAGUCAAAGGUGUAACGGUUGAACAGUAAUGGUGACAGGAGUGGGAUGUCCCAGGCAACAGUCUGAAGAGCAGUCCUGCAGCCUGACACACUGAGGCCUGUCAGUGAGGUAUUCUGUGAUCCAUGACACAAGGUCCCGGUCCAUCUCCAUCACAGAGAGGUCAGGAGCCAGCCUGCCUGGCUGAAUUGUGUCAAACGCACUGGAGAAGUUCAGAACAUAAUCCUCAAGGUGCUCUGUGACUUCUCCAGGUGUGUGUAUGCUCUGUGAAGCAGGUAGAAAAUGGCAUCAUUGACCUCAAUGUCAGUUGGUUAUGCAAACUGUGAUGCUAUACGAGUUAACCUCUGACUUCUUGUACAGUUCAGUGGUUUCUUCUCUCAGGGAGACAGUUUUCAAUUUUAGGUUGCCUUGACAAAUCUUGGCAGUCAAUAAAUGUAUUUAAACAAUG